AUGAAAGCUUUCGUGCUGGUGCUGGUUUCUUUGGCCGCUGCACAGCCGUUGGAUCCCAGAGGUGCGCGGCCCGUCAUCCCAAACACCAGAUCUGAGAAAUGUGCCACAGAAAAAGAAUGGCCCUUCUGCACCGACGAUGAAUGGGGUCCCAAGUGUCCGUCAGGCUGCAGGAUCCAGGGCUUGAUGGAGAAGUAUGACCACGACCUCCUGAAGAAGGUGGAGAAGAUCCGCAGCCUCCUGGACCAGAACAGAGCCAAACACCGCUCGGCCCAACAGGGCUCCAAGCAGACCUCCAACUUCCUGCGCGAGAAGCUCACCCUCUACUCUGGUAACGACAACAACUACUUCGACAUGGCCCAGACGCUGAGGCAGAGAAUCACUGACAUGAAAAUAAAGAUCGACCAGCAGGUGCAGGUCCUGGGGGCCCUGAAGGAGCGCGUGCGGGACCAGAUGGCCGAAAUGCAGAGGAUCGAGGUGGACAUCGACAUCAAGCUGCGAACGUGUAAGGGCUCGUGCAAGACGUACAACAGCUACGAGUUGGAGAAGGAUGGCCAUUUGGCUCUGGAGAAACAGAUGAACCAGUUGGACACUUUAUCGAACCAGAACUUUGAGUCUGUGGGAACUCUGCAUGUGAUGAAGAGCCGUCCACUCAAGGACGCCAUAGUCGACACCGUUUACAAGUCCAAGGACCCACAGACGAUUCAGCUGCAGCAGACAUCUGAGGACGUCUUCCCAGAGGUGGAGACAGUGCAGUUGUUCCUGGAGGUAGAGGGCUCCAGCUCUUCUCCCGCCACCAUCUCCAAAGGUACUUCCUUCUCCUCAGCCACCUCCUCCUCCUCCUCCAUCACAGAGCUCGGGGGCGACUUUGACUUGGGUGGAGGGUCCGAUUCCUUCAGUCAGUCCGGCAUGAGCACCAAGAGCGUCUCCUGCACCAAGCGCGUUCGCACCACGAUCGUAGACACCGGCGAUGGACCAGUUCAAAGAAUGGAAGAGUAUAUGGAAGGUGGUCCUGAGUGCCAGUCUUUCAGUAAAGGUGGAAUGGGGUCGCUCUUCCCCAGUUUGGACAGUUCCGGCACCAAAACGGUUUCCUUCACAUCUAGCAGUAAAGGGAGCUUUGCCGAUUCCAAAACGUCAUUCGCAGAUCCGUUUGGUGGUGGCGCGGGGCUGGAUCUGGGAGCGUUUAUGACAGAUAAUGUGGAAGACGACAUUCCCGAUUUCCAUGCAAGGAGUGUGAAGAGCGCACGGGUUGAGCGCCAAGCCGACUACGUGGGAAAAGAUUGUGUGGCGGCCAGUCAGUUCCACCUGAACGGAGAAUCGAACGGACUCUUUAAGAUCCAACCGGCUCCCGCCUCCCCUACAGUCACCGUUUAUUGUGAGCAGGAGGGGCUAAUGGGCGGCUGGAUAUUAGCACAGCAACGCGAAACCGGCGCUGUUAGCUUCAACCGCACGUGGGCAGAAUACCGCGACGGCUUUGGAAGCGUAGAUGCACAAGGGCAGGGGGAAUUUUGGCUCGGUAACGAAAACCUAUACCUUUUGACAAACCAGGGUGAAACGAUGCUAAAAAUUGAGUUAGAAGAUUGGGAAGGGGGCACAGCUAGCGCGGAGUAUUCUGUGAAAGUGGGCGCGGCAACUGAGGGAUAUGCGUUGCGUGUUUCGAGCUACACGGGAUCCGCGGGAGACGGACUAGCGGAGCAUGACGGAAUGAAGUUUAGCACGUACGAUCAAAAUAACACCGCCAGUAAAGAGAAUUGUGCUGCGGUUUACGGCGGCGGCUGGUGGUACGGUCCGUGCCGCGCUAAUCUAAAUGGUGUUUAUUACAAAGAUGCUAACAGCGGUGACAAUGGAGUGGUGUGGUCGACCUAUAAGUCUCCAAACUACAGCCUGAAGAAAGUGAGGAUGUUCAUACGCUCUGCCACAUUUUAA